AUGGCGGUGGGGAAGCUGACCUUCACCAAAGCCGAGAGACAGAAACUGGCUCAAGUCCUCUGGCUGCUCAACUGGAUCUCCGUCCUUACCGGGGCGAUCUUGUUCAGCUUGGGCUUGUUCCUCAAAGUGGAGAUCCAGAAGUGGCAGGAAGUGAUGUCAGACCAAGGGAUCCUCUACGUGCCACAUAUGCUGAUCACCACGGGCCUGGCGGCAUGCUGCAUCAACUUCCUGGGCGGGAAGAUCUGCCUGGACUGCGCCGACACCAACAAGUUCCUCCGCUGGAAGAUGGUGAUGAUGCCGUACGUGGUAUGCACCUUCUUCUUCACCUCCUGCGUCCUGGCAGGGGCGCUCAUGUGCUACAGCAUCCGCAGCCAGCUGGAGGAGUCCCUGUUCCUGGGCCUGAGGAACGCCAUGCGCUACUACAAGGACACGGACACGCCGGGACGCUGCUACCUGAAGAAGACGCUGGACUUGCUGCAGAUACAGUUCCAGUGCUGUGGAAACACUGGCUACCGGGACUGGUUCCAGGUCCAGUGGAUCAGCAACCGCUACCUGGACAUGACCAGCAGCAGAGUAGUGGAUCGCCUCAGGAGUAACGUGGAGGGUCGGUACCUGGCGGACGGCGUUCCCUUCAGCUGCUGCAGCGUGGCGUCCCCGCGGCCCUGCAUCCAGCAGCAGCUCACCAGUAGCUCCGCCCACUUCAACUUCGACCUGCGGAGCCGCCAGCUCAACCUGUGGAGGCGGGGCUGCCGCCACGCCCUGAUGGAGCACUACACCAGCACCAUGCAGUCCAUAGGCCUCAUAGUGCUGCUCAUCUGGAUGUUCGAGCUGCUGGUUCUGACGGGGGUCCGGUACCUGCAGACAGCCAUGGAGAACGUCCUGCGGCUGGGCGACCCGGACUUGGAGUCUGACGGCUGGAUCCUGGAGAACAGCCUGGCGGAAACGGCUCGCUCCAACUUCAACGUCAUCAAGAACCUGGGGAAGUGCUACCAGGUGGACGACGACCCCAACAUCAACGUCCCGACCGCCGCCGCCGAGCAGGAGGUCCCAUCCCGCCGGGUCCAGAUCCCCGAGACCAGCUAG